GAACCGGAACCGGUUAAUUUAGUUUAGUGCAGGAGUGGCCUAGACGUUUAAAGCAACUAGUGAAAUAUGUUUUCAGGGUGAUCUAACUAUAUUUAAGGGUGAAGUGGAUCUUACAUCGAAACCAUGCUGAGCUUAAGAAAACUUGCUUAUUUUGCCCUGUUCAUUGCCUAUGUUGCUGGUGAGUGCAUGAUAGAAUCUCAUCGCUGUGAUUUUCCUUUCCAGCGGGAGGGUGAGGUCUGGUAUGAGUGCAUGCCAGGGGAGGAGAACUCUGACAGACACUACUGCAUAACUCAGCUAGGGGAGAAGUAUGUGACAGGAGUUUGUAAUGGAGGAUGUUUUGAGGAGGACGGAAGUCCCGUUGUGUUUAACUCUACAAGUGAGGAUGCUGUGAUGGCUGUUUUCUGUAAAACUAAGAAGAGUCCGUGUAUUUUCCCUUUCAUUUGGGAGGGUCGAGAAUACAGGGAAUGCACAACAGACGGUGAUACACCGUUCCCAUGGUGUGCCCUAGAAGUGAAUGAUGCUGGGGAACUUGUCGACAAUAGAUGGGGACAGUGCGACAUGUCGACAUGUGACCCUGUUUCUGCAGCUGAUACUGAAUCUGAACCCCCUAAGCCUAAAUCUGUAUCAGUUUCUUUCAAGGAGUUUUCAGGUGAGUUGGUGUUUUCUCAGACUACUCCUGAAGAUGCUCUUCAGGUUGAAGGACUACUAGAAGGACUACCUGAGGACUCAGAUCUACAGCUUGCAGUAGUUCAAGGAGACUGUAAUCAAGAUAUUGAGCAAUAUUUAGGAAAAGAAAGUAUGGUGGACAUACAAGGACUAUACGAGGCUAGUUCCUCAGUAAAAGCUGUAAUCUGGGUUCUCUCAUUGUACCCUGGAGAUCAAUAUUUAGUUGGUAGAUCUGCAAUCAUUAAAGAGCAGGUAACUAUGCUUGUACUGUGGUAG